CCACGCUGGAGCUCCAAGCUGCGCUCGACGACUUCUCUGGCCGGGACGACGAGGCCUACCACAGCGCCAUGGAGCGGCUGCGCGCCCAGUACGUGGUCGUGACGCCGGGCCAGGUCAUCACGAGCGAGCCCGGCUUCCUGCGCGGCCACGGCACGUACGUCGAGAACGGUGAGCUCCUCGCGUCCGUGGCCGGCGUCGUCGAAAAGGUCAACCAGCUCGUGAGCGUGCGCCCGCUCGUGAGCCGCUACAUUGGCGAAGUCGGCGACAUCGUUGUCGGGCGGAUCUCGGAGGUCGGCAGCAAGCGCUGGAAGGUCGACAUCAACGGCCAGCAAGAUGCUGUCCUCAUGCUCUCGUCGGUCAACUUGCCGGGCGGCGCGCAGCGGCGGCGCACGUACGAAGACCAGCUGCAGAUGCGGUCGUUCUUUGAAGAGUCGGAGCUCAUUAGCGCCGAGGUCCAGGAGGUCCGGUACGAUGGCACGAUGUGGCUCCACACGCGCUCGCUUCGGUACGGCAAGCUCGAGAACGGCCAGCUCAUUGCCGUCCAGCCCGCGCUCGUGAAGCGACUCAAGCAGCACAUGCUCCAGCUACCGAUUGGCAUUGACGUGAUCCUCGGCUGCAACGGCUACAUCUGGAUCGCGCGGCGCAUCGAGCACGACGCCGAGUCGCUGACCACCAACGAGUCGCGCGCCGACGUGUGGACCGAGCGCAAGGCGACGCACGCGGCGACGCCGACGGAUGCGGCCGACCGCAAGAAGAUCGCGGCCGUCUACAACGUCCUCUCGACGCUCAACGCGCAGUUCAAGACCAUCACGCCCGAGAGCAUCAUGGAGCUCUACGAGCAGCAGACUGCCGACGACCACGCUUAAAUCAAAAACACACUUCAUCGUCUUCCUUAC